GCUAAGUUAUUAGAAUGCCGCUUUUAAAUUAAAAUUUAUUAGUAAAACUAUUAUUUUAAAAAAAUGAAGAAGCUGUUCGAUUUAAGAAUAUUCUUUUGAUUUUAGGAAGAUUUAAGGAUAUUCUGAAAUAAUUAUUUUGAGAGAAGCACACAGAGGAGGAAGAAGGAUUUUGUGUCGGAUGAUUUUACGUUAUGUCACCGUUGUUUAAGAAAAUGCUAUUUUUUCUGUAACUCCUUUCUUUGACCUGGUCUGUGCUUCCGAUGGAAAUGUCUACCACCAGCAAUCUUCGAUGAAAGCCUCUCAAACUCCCAGUCAAAAACCCUAAUUUUCACAUCAAUCGGAACCCUCUUUCUUUCCAGCACUUAAUUAGGCAAUUUUUAUAUAUUUUAUAACAUGCAUUCUUUCUAAAUCUCAAACUCCGUUCAUGAUUCCCCGAAUUCGAAUUCCAAAUUUAUGAAAUACUAGUUCAUUUUGAUGCUUCUCAUUCUAGAACUCUAUACUCCAGCGAUACAGAUCCUAAUUCCUGUUUUCCGUGCUUCCAAUUAGUGGAAUUUUGGGAUUCAAUGAAUCACCAAGACCAGGAAUCCGAUUCAUAUAAUCUCAUAACCAAUUCUUCGUGGCUCGAAAUCAGAUUGUUCUACGUCAGAAUCACGCCGUGCGUGAUCGACAGCGUCCCGGACCAUCUGACUCUUCGCCAUCUUCGCCGCGAAAUCAGCACGCCCCUCGAAAUCAACGGCUUCAGAGUUCCAUGCGCUGAUUCUGCCUCCGUGACCCUCCGUCGCGACCGUCUCAAUAAGGAGUCUUCUGAGGUCACCUACGUCAGUACAGACAGUGUGCGUGUCACUGGUGCCGUGGAAUUCGAGGUGUUGGAGAAGAACGAUUUAUUUUUGUGUGGGUCCCUGGAGAGAAUAGAAGCCGUUUGGGGGAAUGGGAGCGUAGGACUGGAAAAUGAUUCGAAGACAGGAUGGAGCAUGGAGUGUUACAUGGCGGCUUCUGUGGGGGAGGGAAACUCUGUGUUUUUCCAACCGAAGAUGGGGUUUUCGGCGCCUGCCAUUGAAGUUUAUAUUGCUGGUUGCUGUGGGGGUGUGCCGGUGAUAUUGACUAAGACAAUUUUGGUCAGUCCGAUAAGGAAAGUAUCGAGGCAUGGAAUGCUUGAUGCUAUUCCUGAGGAUGACGAGAUGGAAAAGGAGCAGAAUGGUGUAGGCAUCAAUGGGUUGGUUCGCCUCCGUAAAGUUCAGAUUGCUGAAUCAGAUGGGGAUGAGUGUGAGUUAGAUGGGAAAAUUGCAAGCAGAUACUGCUCAGAGGACAUGUAUCAUGGUGAGGAUGGCCAACUCUCAUGGUUUAAUGCUGGGGUUAGAGUUGGUGUUGGAAUUGGCCUUGGGAUGUGCCUUGGGAUUGGAAUAGGUGUUGGACUUCUAAUGCGAUCAUAUCAAGCAACUACCAGGAAUUUCAGGAGGAGCACCAAUAUCAGAUCCUCCGCGACAAUGUCACACCGUAACAGCCCCGCGCAAGCUCUCCCCUUGGUUGUCACUCUCAACUGCAUCGAGGAUUGCGCCAUCGAGCAAGACUCUCUAGCCGGCAUCGCAAGCGUCGAGCACGUGCCGCUUAGUCGCCUAGCUGAUGGCAAGAUUGAAUCAGCUGCCGCUGUGCUUCUCCAUUCUCUCGCUUACCUCCCUCGUGCCGCCCAGCGCCGUCUUCGUCCCUACCAGCUCAUCCUAUGCCUUGGUUCGGCUGACCGUGCCGUAGACUCGGCUCUUGCCGCUGACCUGGGGCUCCGGCUUGUUCAUGUGGAUACGUCGCGGGCCGAAGAGAUCGCCGACACAGUGAUGGCUCUGUUCCUUGGCUUGCUGCGUCGGACGCAUUUGCUCUCCCGCCACGCGCUCUCUGCUUCAGGAUGGCUCGGCUCCGUUCAGCCGCUGUGUCGGGGAAUGAGAAGGUGUAGAGGGCUGGUUUUGGGGAUCGUUGGUAGAUCUGCAUCGGCGAGGUCCUUGGCUACUAGGAGCUUGGCUUUCAAAAUGAGUGUGCUAUAUUUUGAUGUUCACGAGGGAAAAGGAAAAGCAAGUGCAUCUUCCUUAAGAUUUCCACCUGCAGCCCGAAGAAUGGAUACUCUUAAUGAUUUACUAGCUGCAAGUGACCUUAUCUCACUUCAUUGUGCUUUAACAAAUGAAACAGUUCAGAUCAUCAAUGCAGAAUGUUUGCAGCAUAUAAAGCCAGGGGCAUUCCUAGUGAAUACUGGAAGCAGUCAGCUACUUGAUGACUGUGCUUUGAAGCAGCUUUUGAUUGAUGGAACCUUGGCGGGAUGUGCUCUGGAUGGUGCUGAAGGACCACAGUGGAUGGAAGCAUGGGUAAAGGAAAUGCCCAAUGUAUUGAUACUUCCACGCAGUGCAGAUUACAGUGAAGAAGUAUGGAUGGAGAUAAGGGACAAAGCCAUCUCUUUAUUGCAGUCUUUCUUCUUUGAUGGGGUUAUACCAAAGGAUGUCAUCUCUGAUGAGGAAGAGGAGAGUGAAGUAGCUGAUGAAAAUGAAGAAUUUCUCAAACAAGACAAUGAAAGUGCUCAACAGGCUUCUGUGGGUGAGCAGUUGAAGGGUGAUAUUCUGUUAAGUCCAGAAAGCUCCAACAGAAAGGGAAAAAAUAAAUCAGCUGAAUCUCCAAGCCAGGCUAAGGGUUCUGGCUUGUCUCAAACAGCUGUAAGGUCUGAAGGGAGAAGUAGCAGAUCAGGUAAGAAGGCAAAAAAAAGACAUGGCCGUCAAAAAUCCUUGCAGAAAUCAGAUGAUCCUUCUCAAUUAGAAAAGGAAAGCAAUUUACAUCGUGAAGAUGAUACUGCUAUGAGUGGUACUGAUCAAGUGUUAAGUUCCAGUUCUAGGUUCGGUUCCCCUGAAGACUCAAGUAGUAGGAAAACACCAAUAGCAUCAAUGCAAGAAUCAACUUCUGACCAGCUUUUAAGAUCAAGCAAGAAGCUUAGCAGAAAGUCUAGUGAGCUGCUGAAAGACGGGUGUGUUAUUGCUUUAUAUGCAAGAGAUCACCCUGAACUCCAUGUCUCAAGGCAGAGAGUUAAAGGGGGUGGUUGGUUCCUGGAUUCCAUGUCAAAUGUAACAAAAAGAGAUCCUGCAGCACAGUUCCUUGUUGUUUUCAGAAGCAAGGACACUAUUGGGUUGCGUUCUUUUGCUGCUGGUGGAAAGUUAUUGCAGAUUAACAGAAGAAUGGAAUUUGUAUUUGCUAGUCACAGCUUUGAUGUCUGGGAGAGUUGGACAUUGGAAGGUUCAUUGGAGGAAUGUAGGCUGGUUAACUGUAGAAAUCCUUUGGCUAUUUUGGAUGUACGCAUUGAGAUUCUGGCAGUGGUAGGGGAAGAUGAUGGAGUUACUCGUUGGCUAGAUUAGGUUGUGAAAGCAAGAGUGAUUGAGUAAAGAUACUAACCUUUUUUCCUGCCAAUUUUGUUAUUCUUCUGAGAUUUGUGUUUCCUCAAAACAAUUUGUAAAUCAUUCUUUUUCUCUUCUUUUGUUCUCCUAUUUUUUUCCCUUUUCUUUGCCAUUUCCUUUUCCUUUUGAGAGGUUACCAGCUGUGCAGGAAUUCAGUAUUUUGGGUUGUUUGGCCUCUUGACAAAUUGAUGUAUUUUAUAAUGAUUGAGAAAAUUUUUCAAUUUU